UCUUAUUUCAGUGAUGAUGACCCAACCUUAUAUGGUGAUAUUUAUGAAGAUUUAAAGGCAUUUGUAGAUUCUAGUUUGGAUGUUCAUAGGGUUGAAUUAGCUAUGGUUUUGUAUCCUGUAUUCGUUCACAUGUAUUUUGAAUUGGUUUAUAAUGAACAUGAAUCAACAGCCAAAUCAUUUAUGGAGAAAUUUUCUAAAGAUCAAGAAGAAUAUUAUCAGAAUGAUAUCAGUAAAUUAGCAACUGUCACAAAACCAGAACAUAUGAAAGGCAAUCAACUUAUGGAAAAUUUCAAAGCCAGUAAAUUUGUCAUCAGAAUGUCUCGUGAUUCUUACACUCAUCUUAAACGACAUUUACAAGAAAAACAACUGAAUCUAUUAUUGAAUAUUAUACAAGAACAUCUAUUUAUUGAUGUGUUUGAUGGUGUGCCAAGAAAUAAGCAGCAAAUAAAUCUAACAUGUGGUGGAAUAUUAGGAGAAGCCCAGAGAGAAUCCAAUAAAACUAAGGUAUUCUAUGGGUUAUUAAAAGAACCAGAUAUAAAUGUUCCACUGGAAGAAGAUGAUGAACAGACAGAAGGAGAACAAACAGAUAAACCCAAGAAAAAGAAAUCUAAAAAAGAUCCACUGUUAAUGAAGAAAUCUAAAAAUGACCCCAAUGCACCAUUGAUAUCAAGGAUACCAUUACCCGAACUUAAAGAUCAAGAUAAAAUAGAAAAAAUUACUAUGUUACGUGAAAGCUCAAAGAGAGUAAAAGUUGAUAAAAAUCAUCCACCUUCUAUUUGUUUUUAUACCUUCCUGAAUUCAACACAUGGAGUAACUUCUAUCAAUUUUUCUGAAGAUACUAGUCUAGUCAGUGCUGGAUUUGCUGAUAGUGUUAUUCGAGUUUAUACUACUUCACCUAACAAAUUACGUUCUGUUAAAUCUGGAUUAGAGUUAGAACUUAUUGAUAAAGAUGCUGAUGAUGUAUUUGAGAGAAUGAUGGAUGAUAAGACUAGUAGAGAUAUGAAGAAAUUAAAUGGACAUAGUGGACCUGUUUAUUCUACAAGUUUCAGUCCAGAUAGAUCCUCAAUGGUAUCUUGUUCAGAAGACGGCACAAUUAGAUUAUGGAGCCUACAGACAUGGAGUAAUCUUGUGUGCUUUAAAGGACACAAUUAUUCUGUCUGGGAUGUCCAAUUUAGUCCUCAUGGUCAUUAUUUUGUAUCUGGUGGUCAUGAUAGAACAGCUAGGCUCUGGUCAACAGACCACUAUCAACCUAUGAGAAUAUUUUCUGGCCAUUUAUCAGAUGUAGAUUGUGUACAGUUCCAUCCUAAUUCUAACUAUAUAGCUACUGGUUCUAGUGAUCGCACUGUUAGAUUAUGGGAUGUUCUUAGUGGUCAGUCAGUCAGAAUCUUUACUGGACAUAAGGCUCCUAUACAUAGCUUAUGUUUCUCACCAGACGGCAAAUACUUAGUCUCCUCAGGUGUAGAUCAGAUUAUUAAUAUGUGGGAACUAGCAACAGGAAGUUUGGUAGCUCAGAUGAAAGGACAUACUAACACUGUAUAUAGUUUGGCUUUCAGUCGAGAUGGUGCUAUAUUAUCCUCUGGAGGAUUAGAUAAUACUGUAAGAACAUGGGAUAUUAAUAAGAUAUAUGAAGAUAUAGAUACUGAUGUAGAUGCUAGUAUACCUAUUGAUGGAUCCAAUCUGUUACUAGGUACUUAUCAUACUAAAGCUAGUCCAGUAUUAGCUUUACAAUUUACUCGUAAAAACUUACUCUUAGCUGGUGGAGCUUUUGUUGUAUGUUGA